UCCGGAGCGGCGGUCCCUGUAGAGCCGGUUUGCGGGCGCAGAGGUGGCGGCAGGCGUGAGCGGUGGCGGCGUUUCGCCCUCGAUGUGACGGGUGCGGCCCAGGCAACUAGUGUGCUGGGAGAGCGAGGCCUCCGCACCGCGGGCGGGAGAGUUCACAAUGACGAAUGAAGAACCUCUCCCAAAGAAGGUUCGCCUUAGUGAAGCAGAUUUUAAGGUUUUACCUAGAGACGAGCUCAUCCUAAGGUGGAAACAGUAUGAAGCAUACGUGCAAGCUCUGGAGGGCAAGUACACAGACCUGAAUUCUAAUGAUGUGACGGGAUUGAGAGAAUCUGAAGAGAAGUUGAAACAGCAACAGCAAGAGUCUGCCCGAAGAGAAAAUAUUCUGGUGAUGAGGCUGGCAACUAAGGAACAGGAGAUGCAAGAGUGUACUAAUCAGAUUCAGUACCUCAAGCAAGUCCAGCAGCCUAGUGUUGCCCAACUGCGAUCAACAAUGGUGGACCCAGCCAUCAACUUGUUUUUCCUAAAAAUGAAAGGUGAACUGGAACAGACUAAAGACAAACUGGAACAAGCCCAAAAUGAACUGAGUGCCUGGAAAUUUACGCCUGAUAGCCAAACAGGCAAAAAGUUAAUGGCGAAGUGUCGAAUGCUUAUCCAGGAGAAUCAAGAGCUUGGAAGGCAGCUGUCCCAAGGACGUAUUGCACAGCUUGAGGCAGAGUUGGCUUUACAGAAGAAAUAUAGUGAGGAACUUAAAAGCAGUCAGGAUGAAUUGAAUGACUUCAUCAUCCAGCUUGAUGAGGAGGUAGAGGGUAUGCAGAGUACCAUUCUAGUUCUUCAGCAGCAGUUGAAGGAGACUCGCCAGCAGUUGGCGCAGUACCAGCAGCAGCAGUCCCAGGCCUCCAACCCAGGUACCAGCAGGACUCCAUCUUCUGAGCCUACAGACCAGGGAGAGGCUGUGGGUAAAGACUGCAGCCGUCUGGCAAACGGACCAAGCAAUGGUAGCUCCUCCCAUCAGCGGACGUCUGGGCCUGGAUUUUAUAGGGAGGGUAGCAGCACAGAAGAUGACUUCCCAGCUUCUCCAGGGAAUGGUAAUAAGCUGUCCAACCACUCUGAAGAUAGAACUGGUAGAGGAAGUGGUAGCUACAUAAACCAACUCAGUACUGGGUAUGAAAGUGUAGACUCUCCCACUGGCAGUGAAAACUCUCUCACUCACCACUCAAAUGACACAGACUCCAAUCAUGAUCCUCAAGAGGAGAAAACAGUGAGCAUGAAAGGUAACAGAACUGUGGGUUCUCGUCAUGUCCAGAAUGGUUUGGACUCCAGUGUAAAUGUGCAGGGUUCAGUUUUGUAACAUUUUUCUGCAACAUUUUUAUACAGUGUCAUUUAAAUUGGGAGAGGAUACUGUCCAGAAGCCGUUUAAAUUAGUGCAUACUUGUCACAAUUUUGCCUUUUUGUGGGUUUCUUUUUGCUUCAAUACCUCUGCCACUUUGGAAAUUUUAACAGUUAAUUACGUUGAAUGUUGCUAAAAGGACGUUUGUGUAGCUCAAGUUAUUUUUAUAUGAGUUAAUGUGAAGUUGAAAUGGAAAUUAUUUCCAUAAAGUAUAACAUAAAUGAUGUCUGUACAAAUCUGUGUAUAUCUAGAACCUGUGCUGUGUAAGGGCAUUCUUACUCAUACUGUUAUACUUACACCACCUUCAAGAUUUGUCAUAAUAGCUGUGGGUUUGACUGCCAAGUUUGCCCAGUACAGUAGUUUUAUCACUAAAAGAUGGACUUACUGAAGGAGUCCUGUAGUAGUUUCAGUGUUAAUUACAGUUUUUCCCACCAUACAUCUGUGCAUUUUCUCCUUAGGUGACCGAAUGUUUAUGAAUUGUGUGCAUAGUUACUCAGUUUUUAAGAACUGUUGUAUCCUGUUUAUGCAUAUUGCUCUGUGACUCCAAUAUUAUCUUACCUGUACUGACCAAACCUAAAUAAAAACUUUUAAUAAUGUAAUUUCCUCA